AUGUUCCGACAUCUCUACUCUACAGUAAUCUGCCUCUUCAUUCUAACCGCCGGCCCCAUCGAUGCUCGCCGAGCAACCUCCGGCGGAGGAUCGAACAUCGGAGGCGGCGGCGGAGGGAAUUUCGGGUCCCGUGGAAUGAGUGGGUCCAGAACACAAGUACAAAACGGUGGAGGAUUUGGUGGAGGCCAACAGGGAGGAGGAUUCCAUCAGAAUCAGCCCCAUCCGUCGGGCGGAUUCAAUAAUCAGCCACGGCCAAAUCCCGGAUUUAACAAUAAUCAAGGCGGAUUCCAUGGAAACCAAGGAGGUUUUCAUCCUAAUCAAGGAGGAUUCCGUCCUGGCACCGGUCUCGGCUCCCAAUCAUCAUCUGGAACAUUCAAAAAGGCGCUUAUCGGUGGAGCUCUCGGAGCAGCCGGUGGAAUUUUGGCCUACGAAGCUGGAAAGGCAAUUAUCAAGUCGGCAACGGAGCCGUUCAAUUAUAAUGGACGGAAUUAUAAUUGGGAUAAUCACGGGAACGUUAGAAAUGGAGAAUUCCAGUGUUCGAUGCCAUUGAGUCAAUUGACACAACAGCAAUCGACAACUUCCACAACCUCCACCACAACGACGACUGCCUCUCCAGAUGGCUCAACUACAGUAACCCCAGCAGUUUCCAGCACCACCCCAACACCAGAUCAAGUUUUGAAUAAUAUCCAAUACGCCGAUGGAUCCCGUCCGAAACAAAUCGUGUGGUCCUGUAAGCAGGGGCGUGAAGUUUGCUGUGGAACGGACUGUUGCCCCGCACCACCGGCUCAAAAUAAUCAAAAUUCGGCCGGAAGUCAUGGAGGAUCCACGGCCGGAACAGUCGCACUCAUCGUCAUCCUGAUCCUUCUCCUUCUCUGCUGUGGGUGUUGCAUUGGAGCGUACUUCUGUUGCCGGUCGAUUUUCGAUUGUGGGGAGGAUAAGCACGAUAAUCAACAGUAUCAUGACGACUACUCUCAACAGCAGAACUAUCAAAUGCAAAACUAUCCGCCACAACAACAACAGGGCUAUUAUCAGCAGCCACAACAUCAGCUGGGCGGUUAUCAGCCACAGCAGGGAUACCCUCAGGGGUCCAAUUACUAUCCACCAAAUAACUAUCCACAACAACCGACUUAUUGA